ACGGUUUCUUUGACUUUGACUUGGUUUACCUCCCCAGUCUAAACAUUAAAUGAGCAUGAGCCUAAUGACGCGCGCUACUUAAAACUUGAAGAAAGGGUAAAGGAAUCCAAGAUGCCCAAAUAUUUCUGCGAUUACUGUGAUACAUAUUUGACUCAUGAUUCACCAUCAGUCCGCAAGACACAUAACAAUGGGCGCAAGCACAAAGACAAUGUCAAGUUUUAUUAUUCAAAAUGGAUGGAAGACCAAGCACAGGCUCUAAUAGAUCAAACUAUCAAGCAAGCUGAGAAGUCGUCAAGGAAUCAACCAAAUAUGCCUAAUUUUCCUCCUGGUAUGCUACCUCCUCCUGGAAUGAUGCCACCACUUGGAAUGAUGCCUCCUAUGCCUCCAGGAAUGAUGCCGCCAAUGGGUAUGCCACCAACAGGUGGUAUGAUGCCUCCUGGAAUGCCUCCAAUCGGAAUGCCUCCUCGCAUGAGUUCUCAUAUAGGCGCACCUAAUAGUCUGAAACGACCUGGUGGACCAAUAAAUGGUGGUCCUCCUCCUCAACGCCCUAUGGGACCUGGAGGUCCUAGAGGUCCUCCGCCUGGUAUGGCACUUCCAACGAUGCUUCCUCAGGGAAUGCCUCGACCUCCUAUCAGAGCAGGAUUUCGAAGCUAAAAGAAUUAUAGGAUUGUAGAAUGGGAAUAAGUGGAGAAUAAAGUAUUUAUUAUGCCGCG